AUGGAAAACGGAAACCCCUCAGAAGGAAAGGAUCCUUCCACUUUUCUUAGCGAGAUCACCGGAGCUCCAGUGACUGUGAAGCUUAACUCUGGCGUUGUCUACCAAGGCGAACUCCAGUCUGUCGACGGAUACAUGAAUAUUGCAUUGGAAAAAACAGAGGAAUAUGUGAAUGGGCAACUGAGGCGGUCUUACGGUGACGCUUUUGUGCGUGGAAACAAUGUACUAUACAUUUCUGCGCGGUAA